AGCUAAAACAAAAACAUUGAGAAAGACGAGUGCUUUGCGCACGCGCGUGAAAUCCACUACUUCUCGCGAGAUCAGGAACGUCAGCAUGGCGGUGCUCCUUGAAACGACGCUCGGCGAUAUUGUAAUUGAUUUGUUUACAGAAGAACGUCCUAAAACUUGCCUAAACUUUCUGAAAUUAUGCAAGAUAAAGUAUUACAACUACUGCCUCAUCCACAAUGUCCAGAGAGAUUUCAUAGUACAGACCGGAGAUCCCACAGGGACAGGGCGUGGUGGAGAAUCUGUAUAUUGCAAACUCUAUGGGGACCAGGCCCACUUUUUCGAUGCAGAGAAAGCACCACGCAUCAAACACAGGAAGAAGGGGACAGUAUCCAUGGUGAACAAUGGAAAUGAUCAGCAUGGUUCUCAGUUCCUUAUUACCACAGGUGAGAACUUGGACUACCUAGAUGGGGUCCAUACUGUGUUUGGGGAAGUGACAGAAGGCAUGGACGUCUUGGCCAAAAUCAAUGAGAGCUUUGUGGACAAGGAUUUUGUUCCAUUUCAGGAUAUCAGGAUAAACCACACAGUUAUCCUGGAUGACCCUUUUGAUGACCCUCCUGACUUGCCAGUGCCUGAUAGAUCACCUGAGCCCACCAAAGAGCAGCUAGAUAGUGGCCGAAUUGGAGCAGAUGAGGCGAUCGACGAUACAGAGGGGAAAGGAGCUGAGGAGUUGGAGGAGAGGUUGAAUGAGAAAGAAGCCAAGACUCGGGCCAUCCUGCUGGAGAUGGUGGGUGACCUCCCUGAUGCGGAUGUGAAGCCUCCAGAGAACGUGUUGUUUGUGUGCAAACUGAACCCAGUGACUACAGACGAGGACCUGGAAAUCAUCUUUUCUCGUUUCGGGUCCAUAAAAAGCUGUGAGAUCAUCAGAGACUGGAAAACUGGAGAUUCCCUCUGUUAUGCUUUUAUUGAGUUUGAAAAGCAAGAAGACUGUGAAAAGGCCUACUUCAAAAUGGACAACGUGCUCAUUGAUGAUCGUCGCAUUCACGUAGACUUCAGCCAGUCGGUGGCAAAGAUCAAAUGGAAAGGGAAAGGUGGAAAGUAUACUAAAGAUGACUUUAAAGCCUACGAGAAGGACAUGGAGAACCGAUCCAAACUGGCUCUCAAGGAUCAAGCGAAGCCUAAACAAGAUUCAAAGUAUGACCUGUUAAUUGAGGAGGAAGAGGAUGCAACAAGCCAUCAACACUCUGAGAAGAAACACAAGGAGAAGAGGCACCAUCAUCAUUCUGAUGAUGAGGACAGCAGGAAGGCCAAAAAGCACAAGGACAGCGUGGACAGCCGGCGAGACAGGAAGAUGGGGCGCCAGCGGUCUCGAUCCCGCUCUCGAUCCCGCUCCAGAGACAAGCACAGCAAGUCCCGUGACAAACAUGGGAAAGAGAGCCGUGACAAAGGCCACAGCCACAAGGACAGGAGCCACAGCCACUCCUCCACCAAGUCCAAGGAUAAAGACCGGAGCAGAUACAGAUGAGGGAGAGCGGGGCCUGAAAGGUGCUUCACCUUUUCUUUCAGUGAGAAUCUUUCUGUGACAGGAGAGUGGAGCCGCAGAGAGGUCAUGAACUGUAUUCAGCAUGAUUUAAAUGGAAUCUUCAUAUUUACCCUUAACUACUGGCUUCCUUUAACAUCACUUCACUUUUGACUAUUAGGGGGAAAAAAAAGCAACAGAUGAUCAUCAGGUCCUUGUCUCAUUGUCUUGAAAAACACAAAUGUUUGAGAAAUGUUUUUUACAUGUAUAUUAAACUUAAAAAUUCCACAGAA